UUGACUUUUGUAACUGUCAUUUAAUUUGCGAGUUUGAGGUCUUACCGUAGCGUCAAAUUUUAUUGUUUUGAUAUUUUCUGUAAUCCUAAAAAAACUGUAAGGCUGCUUUAUUUUUAAUCAUGGAAGUUAAAGAAUGCAACGAUUUGACUGAAGAAAAUCAAUUUAUUGUAGACGAUGUGAGUAAAAUUAUAAAAGAAGCAAUCGAAAACUCUAUCGGAGGCACGGCUUAUCAACAUAACAAAGUUAAUCAGUGGACCUCCGCUGUUGUGGAGUCUUGCUUAAGUCAGCUUACAAAACUACAAAAACCUUAUAAGUAUAUAGUAACUUGCACAAUUAUGCAGAAGAAUGGAGCUGGUUUACAUACAGCAUCAUCAUGUUUUUGGGAUAACAAUACUGAUGGCUCAUGCACAGUGCGUUGGGAAAACAAAACUAUGUAUUGUAUUGUUUCAGUUUUCGGCCUUGGAAUAUAAUAUAAAAUAAAAAAAAACAAAUAUUGAUCUAUUAACAAACUGUCUAAGCACAUAUAUUAUGCAAAUUACAAAAGUUUCAAGUGAAAGUCCUGCUUCAGAAUAGAGUAUUAUUUUACUUUUAUACUAAACAAUAUGUAUAUUUUUUGCACCCAAGUAAAGAACCUAUAUAGAUUAUAUAAGGUUUUCUCACUGUGGCUCGAUUGUACUUUUAACUCUUCUAGAAAAAACUUGAAUAAAAAUUGAGAAAUCAUAAAAAUAUUGCUCUACUCCUUAUAAAAUACUUAAAUAAAAUUAGAACCUUGCUUCAACAAUGGAAAUUAAGUAUAAUAGUCAUUACUUAAUUUUAAGUAAGUAGGAUAUAUUUUCUUACACAAUAAAUAUUACUGGAAAAAUGGGUUAGUUUAAUUAAAAAAAAAAAAACAAUUAUAAAACUUUUCCUUAAUCUCUUGAAAUAGAUAAAUAUAAAAAUGUAUCUUUGUUAAAUUUAGUGCAACAAUGUAUUAUCGAUAGAUUAGUACUUAGUACUUAAAGGUAAUAUGUUCCUGCACUUAGAAAAAUAAUGCUUACAAUAUGUUUUGUGAUUACCCUCAACUUCUCUUUGACAUAUUAAAAUAAAAUAAUUAACCACA